AUGAGGUGUUGGUCACCAUGGCGGCGCGUGGCAGAAGCAGCAGCAACGGCAACCAUUCACCGCCAGCAGUUUCUCACAGGCGGCAUCUCCGAACGCCGGGCCACGGCGGGUGGGUCACAUGGCGUUGCGAAGUAUUGUCUUCCGCUUAGGCGUCCUCUGCACUUUUUUGAGAAGGGGAUACAGUUGAGUGCAUUUGCCGCGAAGAAGGUAAAGGACACGAUGAUGGGGCCGUGCGCAGCGCCGGAGCUGACGCGUUGCUUCACGAGGAUGCCACACGCCACGCGGCCUGCCACUGUCACCACAUGCUGA